AUGGCUGAUUUCUUACUGUUGGGUACCAACAACUUCCGCAAGUUCACUUACGAAUCUUUGGCUGCUAUCGAAAAGAGAAUUGCUGCCAAGAAGAAUUCUCGAAGAAAUACCAUAGACCAGAAAACUGAGGAGAAACCACGUCCUCAACUUGACCUAAAAACUUUCCAGAAGUUACCAGCUCUCUAUGGAAAUCCUCCUCCAGAGCUCAUUGGGGAACCACUGGAGGAUCUCGACCCAUACUACAAAGAUCAUAAGAUUUUCAUAGUGCUAAACAAAAAGAAAACAAUCUUCAGAUUUACUGCUACACGUGCCUUAUGGAUCCUCAGUCCUUUCCAUCCAAUCCGAAGAACAGCAAUUAAAAUUUUAGUACAUUCAUUAUUCACUUUGUUUAUCAUGUGCACUAUUAUAACAAAUUGUGUAUUCAUGGCUUUGAGUGAGUCCUAUAAGUCUUCUCCAUCUCCUUCAUGGAACAAGUAUGUUGAAUACACUUUCACUGGCAUUUACACUUUUGAAUCAUUGAUAAAAAUAUUGGCAAGAGGUUUCUGUCUAAAUGAAUUCACCUUCCUUCGAGAUCCCUGGAACUGGCUGGAUUUCAGCGUUAUCGUUUUGGCGUAUUCUUGGUGCAAAAGGCUGCCUGCAGUACGAAAAACCACCCUGUGGGCCCUGACUGCAUCUGAAACUAUCUGGGACAUUGACUCUUCCCCUUGUUUUAUGGCUCACCGUAUAACAACACUGUUUGAGUCUUUCAAGAAGGGAAUGGAGCGAUCAGAGUACGUGGGAGCAUUUAGUAACUUGGGAAGCAUGUCAGUCCUUCGGACUUUUAGAGUUCUGAGAGCUUUGAAAACUAUUUCAGUAGUCCCAGGGCUCAAGAUCAUUGUAGGAGCACUUAUCCAGUCUGUUAAGAAACUUGCCAACGUGAUGAUCUUGACUGUUUUCUGCCUGAGUGUUUUUGCCCUCAUAGGACUCCAACUUUUUAAGGGCAAUCUAAGACAAAAGUGUGUCAGGAACUCUACAGACCUUAAUGAAACUUUUCCUUUCCUUAACAAAAGAUGGGAGUCCUAUGAAAUGUUUGUUAAUGAUACAGCAUACUUUGCUAAGAAAGAAGGCACCUCAGAUAUUUUGCUGUGUGGUUCUGGUGCUGGGAUCUGUCCUCAAGGCUAUGUAUGCUUGAAAACUGGGCCAAAUCCUGAUUACGGUUUCACUAGUUUUGAUACUUUUGGCUGGGCUUUUCUUUCCUUGUUCCGCCUGAUGACCCAGGACUACUGGGAGCGUCUGUACCAGCAGACCCUCAGAGCUUCUGGGAAGGUGUACAUACUCUUCUUCAUGCUGGUCAUCUUUCUGGGCUCAUUUUAUCUAGUCAACUUGAUUCUGGCUGUAGUAACAAUGGCAUAUGAAGACCAGAACAAGGCCACCAUUGCUGAAACAGAAGCAAAGGAAAGGAAAUUUCGGGAAGCUAUGGAAUUAUUACAGAAGGAGCAGGAGGCAUUGGCUAUUAAAGGAAUUGAUAUCCUGUCAAUUAGCUCCCUUGAAGCUGCUUCUCUGUCUGCCAAAGAAAUCAAAGAAAGAAGCAAUAGGAAAACAAGAAAUAAGUCCUUGGGGAUAGAAGAUAAUGAAGAACAAUUCUCCAAAUCACAGUCCACAGACAGUCACCGAAAGUUGUCUUUCCUUGGCCUGAUGAAUGGUCCCAAUGCAAAUCAGGUGAAACGCAGACUGAGCCAUGGGAGCGUGUUCAAUUUCCAAAUACCUACUUUAGAAGUUGAUUCCAGAACGGAUUUCAGUGAUGGGGAAACCCACAGUGCUGGGGAACACGAAAUCCCACGUCGGUCGCUGUCGGUCACACAGAUGGGAAGAUGCUCCAGUGUGCAAAGUCAAGUGAGCCCCAGCUCCCACCCCCCUACCCCAAACUGCCUGCAGAGCAGCAGGUGGGCCAACGCCGAGGACUGCAACGGGGUGAUUUCAGCCAUGGGAGGAGGAGGAGGAGGUAGCAGGGUGCACAGUCUAGAGCCGGUGUCUUCGGAAGGGGUGAUGCUUCCACCGGUGAUAGAAGACCCGGAAAAGGGUGGUCUGCCAGCUGUAAACGAUGAGAGCAGCACGAUGCAUUUGCCUCCUCAUCUGUCAGUGGAGUACUUUAACGAGGCAUUUCAGAGACAAAGGGCAGCAAGUGCAGUCAGCAUAAUUACCAGUGUCUUGGAGGAGCUUGAAGAAUCCCAGAGGAGGUGCCCGCCGUGCCUGAAAGAUUUUGCUUUGAAGUAUCUAAUUUGGGACUGUUGUCCGCUUUGGCUGAGAAUCAAGAAAAAAGUGGCUGCUUUCAUAAAGGACCCUUUUAUUGAUCUCACCAUCACUGUUUGCAUUGUGAUGAACACUUUGUUCAUGGCGCUGGAGCACAAUAAUAUGUCAGAUAAUUUUAAAUCAAUGCUUAAUGUAGGCAACUUGGUUUUUACAGGAAUCUUCACUGCAGAAAUGAUCUUAAAAAUCAUAGCUUUAGAUCCCUAUUAUUAUUUUCAGCAGCACUGGAAUAUUUUUGACAGUAUAAUUGUCACAUUAAGUUUAAUUGAACUGAGUUUACCCAAACACAAAAGCAAGAAAGAAAGGAGAAAAGGAGGAACCCUGUCAGUUUUACGAUCCUUCAGACUGCUGAGGGUCUUCAAACUGGCGAAGUCCUGGCCAACUUUAAACACUCUAAUUAAAAUAAUUGGUAACUCCCUGGGAGCACUGAGUAAUCUGACCCUCGUCCUGGCAAUCAUCGUUUUCAUUUUUGCUAUAGUAGGGGUGCAACUCUUUGGGAGAUGCUAUGGGGACAACAGCCAUAAAAUACACAAAGAUGGCAAGCCACGCUGGCAUAUGAUGGACUUUUUCCACUCAUUCCUCGUCAUUUUCCGAAUUCUGUGUGGAGAGUGGAUUGAGACCAUGUGGGACUGCAUGGUGGUUGCUGAGCAACCACUGUGCCUUCUUGUCUUUUUGCUAGUCAUGGUGAUAGGAAAUUUAGUGGUGCUCAACCUUUUCAUUGCACUACUGCUGAACUCCUUCAGUACCGACUGUCUCCAGACAGCAGAGGAUGAUGGGGAGAUGAACAACCUCCGGAUUGCCUUCGCUCAGAUUCACAAGGGGUUUCACUUUGUGAAGAGUGUUACCUGGGAUACCUGCUGUGGAAAGCUCAGGCAUGUAAAGAAAGCACACAGGAAGAAAAUCAAAUUGACUGCACAUAACCCACUUGGGUUCAAGCCUGAAGAAAUAAAAAAUUGUAAAGAGAAUUACAGUAAUGAAUGGACUGAGAAAAAUGUGGAAAAAUGCUCAGGCCUUGAAGAUUUUAUUACCAAUCCCAAUAUAUUUGUUUGUGUCCCUAUUGCUGAGGCAGAGAAUACAAGUGAGGGUUUCGAAGAUGAUGAUAAGCUGAGUACAUUUACAGACAUAGAAUACAGCAAACAGUUUGACAGUGUCAGCUCUUCUGAAGGCAGCACAGUGGAUCUGAAAAAUCCUGAAGAUCUUCUGAGGCAGAUUCCAGAGUUUGCUGAAGACUUCAAGAAUCCAGAAAAAUGUUUUCCAGAAGGUUGUGUUCGAUACUUUCGUUGUUAUGUGGGUAGUGCCAUAAAAUUUGGAGGAGAAAGAUGGUGGAAUCUGAGAAAAACCUGCUACCAGAUUGUUGAACAUUCCUGGUUUGAAUCCUUUAUUAUAUUUAUGAUUCUUCUGAGCAGCGGAGCACUGACAUUUGAAGACAUCCAUAUAAAUGAGAGAAAACGCAUUAAAAUUCUGUUGGCGUUUCUUGACAAAAUGUUCACUUUCAUCUUUUUGCUGGAGAUGCUCCUGAAAUGGGUGGCCUACGGCUUCAAGAAGUAUUUCACCAAUGCCUGGUGCUGGCUGGACUUCUUCAUCGUAGGUAUCUCUUUAAUAAACCUCUUUGGCACUGCAUUUGCUGCCACGAAAUCUCUUAGGACUCUUCGAGCUCUGAGACCCUUAAGAGCAUUGUCACGAUUUGAAGGGAUGAGGGUGGUGGUCAAUGCCCUUGUGGGAGCCAUCCCUUCCAUCAUGAAUGUUCUGCUCGUCUGCCUCAUCUUCUGGCUCAUCUUUAGCAUUAUGGGAGUGAAUCUGUUUGCUGGGAAGUUUGGAAAAUGUGUGAAUCUGACGGAAGAAGAUUCAGACAUAAAUCCUUUGAUCAAUAACAAAUCAGACUGUAUAAUGUAUAACAACACAGGAAAAAUAUUCUGGGUGAAUGUUAAAGUCAACUUUGAUAAUGUUGGCUCUGGAUACCUGGCUCUUCUUCAGGUGGCAACAUUUAAAGGUUGGAUGGACAUCAUGUAUGCAGCAGUAGACUCACGAGAGAAAAAUGAGCAACCGCAAAUGGAGUACAGUCUAUUUAUGUAUCUUUACUUUGUGAACUUCAUCAUCUUUGGAUCUUUCUUUACCCUGAAUCUCUUUGUUGGUGUUAUUAUUGACAACUUCAACCAACAAAAGAAAAAGAUAAGUGGGGAAGAUAUCUUUAUGACAGAAGAACAGAAAAAAUACUACAAUGCAAUGAAAAAGUUAGGAUCCAAGAAACCUCAAAAACCCAUUCCAAGACCAUUGAACAGAUACCAAGGGUUUCUUUUUGACAUUGUAACACGCCAGGCCUUUGAUGUUGUAAUCAUGAUUCUCAUCUGCCUUAAUAUGAUCACCAUGAUGGUGGAAACCUAUGAGCAAAGUAAAACGAAGACUGAGGUCCUUAACAAAAUCAAUAUACUCUUCGUUGCCAUCUUUACUGCAGAAUGUGUACUGAAGUUGGUGGCUCUGAGGCAGUACUAUUUCUCAAAUGCCUGGAACAUAUUUGAUUUAGUUGUUGUGAUCAUGUCACUUGUUGCCUUACUGCUUUCUGGCAUUGGUAAAGCAUUUGAACAUUUCUUACCACCUACACUCUUCAGGGUAAUUCGCCUGGCUCGGGUUGGACGUAUACUGAGACUCAUCCGGGCUGCCAAAGGAAUUCGAACUCUGCUUUUUGCCUUAAUGAUGUCCCUACCUGCUCUGUUUAACAUUGGCCUCUUGCUUUUUCUGGUUAUGUUUAUUUAUGCCAUUUUUGGCAUGGCUAACUUUCCCUAUGUGAAGAUGGAAGAUGGCAUUGAUGAUAUGUUCAACUUCCAAACCUUUCCUAACAGCAUGCUCUGUCUCUUCCAAAUCACAACAUCAGCUGGCUGGGAUGGUCUUCUCAGUCCUAUUUUAAACACUGGGCCUCCAUACUGCAAUCCAAACAUAACUGAUACUAUAGGCGAAUGUGGUAAACCUGCCAUCGGUAUUAUUUAUUUUGUAAGUUACAUCAUUGUAUCAUUUCUCAUUGUUGUAAACAUGUACAUAGCUGUUAUUCUGGAGAACUUCAAUGCUGCUACUGAGGAAAGUACAGAGCCUUUAGGGGAAGAUGACUUUGACAUCUUUUAUGAAGUCUGGGAGAAGUUUGAUCCUGAGGCAACUCAGUUUAUAACUUUCUCAGCACUUUCAGACUUUGCAGAUGCUCUGGCUGAACCUUUACGUGUACCAAAACCAAACAAAGUUGAACUCAUAGCAAUGGACCUGCCUAUGGUCAGUGGAGAUAGGAUCCACUGCUUGGACAUCUUGUUUGCUUUUACCAAACGCGUGUUAGGAGAUUCUGGGGAGAUGGAUACUCUCAAAGUGCAAAUGGAGGAGAAGUUCAUGGCUGCCAAUCCAUCCAAAAAAUCCUAUGAGCCAAUCUCCACUACUCUCAGACACAGACAAGAGGAAGCUUCUGCCACUGUCAUCCAGCGUGCCUACAGGAGUCAUUUGCUCCUGCGCUCCAUAAAGCAGGCUUCUUACCUGCAUCAUCGCAGAACUUGCAGUGGUGACAGUCUUGGAGGUGCUGCUCCGGAACAAGAAGGACUUAUUGCAUUAAUGAUGGGUGAAAACUAUAGUGAGAUUCCUGACAAGUCUGAAACUUUGUCUUCGGUAUCCUUUCCUCCGUCAUAUGACAGUGCCACGAGAACCAGCAGUGGCAAUCUCAGGGUUGAGAAUGGAGAAAUUACACGUUGUGUUCGAUACUUUCGUUGUUAUGUGGGUAGUGCCAUAAAAUUUGGAGGAGAAAGAUGGUGGAAUCUGAGAAAAACCUGCUACCAGAUUGUUGAACAUUCCUGGUUUGAAUCCUUUAUUAUAUUUAUGAUUCUUCUGAGCAGCGGAGCACUGACAUUUGAAGACAUCCAUAUAAAUGAGAGAAAACGCAUUAAAAUUCUGUUGGCGUUUCUUGACAAAAUGUUCACUUUCAUCUUUUUGCUGGAGAUGCUCCUGAAAUGGGUGGCCUACGGCUUCAAGAAGUAUUUCACCAAUGCCUGGUGCUGGCUGGACUUCUUCAUCGUAGGUGUAAGUUCUAUCUCUUUAAUAAACCUCUUUGGCACUGCAUUUGCUGCCACGAAAUCUCUUAGGACUCUUCGAGCUCUGAGACCCUUAAGAGCAUUGUCACGAUUUGAAGGGAUGAGGGUGGUGGUCAAUGCCCUUGUGGGAGCCAUCCCUUCCAUCAUGAAUGUUCUGCUCGUCUGCCUCAUCUUCUGGCUCAUCUUUAGCAUUAUGGGAGUGAAUCUGUUUGCUGGGAAGUUUGGAAAAUGUGUGAAUCUGACGGAAGAAGAUUCAGACAUAAAUCCUUUGAUCAAUAACAAAUCAGACUGUAUAAUGUAUAACAACACAGGAAAAAUAUUCUGGGUGAAUGUUAAAGUCAACUUUGAUAAUGUUGGCUCUGGAUACCUGGCUCUUCUUCAGGUGGCAACAUUUAAAGGUUGGAUGGACAUCAUGUAUGCAGCAGUAGACUCACGAGAGAAAAAUGAGCAACCGCAAAUGGAGUACAGUCUAUUUAUGUAUCUUUACUUUGUGAACUUCAUCAUCUUUGGAUCUUUCUUUACCCUGAAUCUCUUUGUUGGUGUUAUUAUUGACAACUUCAACCAACAGAAGAAAAAGAUAAGUGGGGAAGAUAUCUUUAUGACAGAAGAACAGAAAAAAUACUACAAUGCAAUGAAAAAGUUAGGAUCCAAGAAACCUCAAAAACCCAUUCCAAGACCAUUGAACAGAUACCAAGGGUUUCUUUUUGACAUUGUAACACGCCAGGCCUUUGAUGUUGUAAUCAUGAUUCUCAUCUGCCUUAAUAUGAUCACCAUGAUGGUGGAAACCUAUGAGCAAAGUAAAACGAAGACUGAGGUCCUUAACAAAAUCAAUAUACUCUUCGUUGCCAUCUUUACUGCAGAAUGUGUACUGAAGUUGGUGGCUCUGAGGCAGUACUAUUUCUCAAAUGCCUGGAACAUAUUUGAUUUAGUUGUUGUGAUCAUGUCACUUGUUGCCUUACUGCUUUCUGGCAUUGGUAAAGCAUUUGAACAUUUCUUACCACCUACACUCUUCAGGGUAAUUCGCCUGGCUCGGGUUGGACGUAUACUGAGACUCAUCCGGGCUGCCAAAGGAAUUCGAACUCUGCUUUUUGCCUUAAUGAUGUCCCUACCUGCUCUGUUUAACAUUGGCCUCUUGCUUUUUCUGGUUAUGUUUAUUUAUGCCAUUUUUGGCAUGGCUAACUUUCCCUAUGUGAAGAUGGAAGAUGGCAUUGAUGAUAUGUUCAACUUCCAAACCUUUCCUAACAGCAUGCUCUGUCUCUUCCAAAUCACAACAUCAGCUGGCUGGGAUGGUCUUCUCAGUCCUAUUUUAAACACUGGGCCUCCAUACUGCAAUCCAAACAUAACUGAUACUAUAGGCGAAUGUGGUAAACCUGCCAUCGGUAUUAUUUAUUUUGUAAGUUACAUCAUUGUAUCAUUUCUCAUUGUUGUAAACAUGUACAUAGCUGUUAUUCUGGAGAACUUCAAUGCUGCUACUGAGGAAAGUACAGAGCCUUUAGGGGAAGAUGACUUUGACAUCUUUUAUGAAGUCUGGGAGAAGUUUGAUCCUGAGGCAACUCAGUUUAUAACUUUCUCAGCACUUUCAGACUUUGCAGAUGCUCUGGCUGAACCUUUACGUGUACCAAAACCAAACAAAGUUGAACUCAUAGCAAUGGACCUGCCUAUGGUCAGUGGAGAUAGGAUCCACUGCUUGGACAUCUUGUUUGCUUUUACCAAACGCGUGUUAGGAGAUUCUGGGGAGAUGGAUACUCUCAAAGUGCAAAUGGAGGAGAAGUUCAUGGCUGCCAAUCCAUCCAAAAAAUCCUAUGAGCCAAUCUCCACUACUCUCAGACACAGACAAGAGGAAGCUUCUGCCACUGUCAUCCAGCGUGCCUACAGGAGUCAUUUGCUCCUGCGCUCCAUAAAGCAGGCUUCUUACCUGCAUCAUCGCAGAACUUGCAGUGGUGACAGUCUUGGAGGUGCUGCUCCGGAACAAGAAGGACUUAUUGCAUUAAUGAUGGGUGAAAACUAUAGUGAGAUUCCUGACAAGUCUGAAACUUUGUCUUCGGUAUCCUUUCCUCCGUCAUAUGACAGUGCCACGAGAACCAGCAGUGGCAAUCUCAGGGUUGAGAAUGGAGAAAUUACACGUAAUCAACAAUCUCCAGACAUUAAAUAG